AUGCUGUGGUCUCUAGUGCUGCUCCUAGCUUUUCUGGCUCCUGGAAGUCAGAAAGCUUCCAACAUGGAAAUGAGACAGAAGUCAAUCAUCAAGCCAGCUGAAACAUUGGUUUCAAUCCCUUGUGAUCUUCCUGAUCAAAGCACCAAAUACGUCCACUGGUACCAAUACCAAGAGGGAAGAGCCCUGCAACGCCUCCUUUACUAUGACUUCCCUAACAAAAAGGUGGUGUUGGACUCAGGGUUCAGUUCAGAGAAAUACCAUGAUCCAAUAGGGGACGACAUGCUGUGGUCUCUAGUUCUGCUCCUAGCUUUCCUGGCUCCUGAUCAGAGCACCAACUACGUCCACUGGUACCAAUAUCAAGAGGGAAGAGCCCUGCAACGCCUCCUUUACUACGGCUUCCGUGACUCAAAGGUGGUGUUGGACUCAGGGUUCAGUUCAGAGAAAUACCAUGUCUAUGAAGGAAGUCAGAAAGUUUCCAACAUUGAAAUGAGAUUGAAGUCAAUCAUCAAACCUGCUGAAGCAUCUGUCUCAAUCACCUGUGAUCUUCCAGAUCAGAGCACCAACUAUGUCCACUGGUACCAAUACCAAGAGGGAAGAGCCCUGCAACGCCUCCUUUACUACAACUUCCCUAACAAAAAGGUGGUGUUGGACUCAGGGUUCAGUUCAGAGAAAUACCAUGUUUAUGCAGGCACAGGGACGAGCUGUCCAAUAGGGGAGGAAAUGCUGUGGUCUGUAGCUCUCCUUCUAGCUUUCUUGGCUUUUGGAAGUCAGAAAGCUUCCAACAUGGAAAUGAGACAGAAGUCAAUCAUCAGGCCAGCUGAGGCAUCGGUUGCAAUCACUUGUGAUCUGCCUGAUCAGAGCACCAAAUACAUUCACUGGUACCGAUACCAAGAGGGAAGAGCCCUGCAACGCCUCCUUUACUACUACUUCCGUGAAUCAAAGGCGCAGUUGGACUCAGGGUUCAGUUCAGAGAAAUAUCAUGCUUAUGAAGGACACUGGAGGCAAACAUAG